GGACAAUUUAUUAAUUAAUUAAAAUUUCGUCUACUUUACCACUUGAAAAAUAAUUAUGAGAAUCAAGACUACUAUAAUUAAGCUGUGACGAUCGUUCGCCAUGUUUUUCCUAUAUCAGACAAUGCCCUUUGUUUAUUACACACCCGAACGUUCCAUCGUCCGUUAGACCCGGAAGGGGCGAUUAACCCAGCAGGGGGAGACAGAGGGUAUAAAAGGUGUGAUAAGGCUGACGAAAGGAAUUUUGGUUGGUGAGACGGACUCGAGAGUGAACUGGACGAACUACGAAGUCAACAAGGAAGAAAAAGGAUCGAAGUUUAAGCGGGAAGUCGAGAAAGGAGUGGAAAGAGAACUUCUAGACGAUUUCGCCCAUAUUUAACAUUUUUUGUACGUACGGUAUCUAUUUACAGUAUAUGUUCUGUGUGUAAUCUACGCGUGUCGGGAAAGUUUUACUGUCGCGAAAAAGGAAAUUACGAGAAGCUAUUGUGUAAAUUACCUGUAGGCCUCGGUGGUUCUCUGUAUAACGGUUAUACGGUUUUAUUUGUCUGUACCCUGUGAAUGAACACGAUGAGCGAACCGGAUAGUCUUCGUGAGACCCCUCUCAAUGGAACUAAUAGGGUAUCUCCCCCAGUUAUUACUGGUUUCCUCGAGAUGAUCCCCACCUUUUCGAAUACUAGUAGUGACUCUAUGAAUAUACGCCAAUUUUUCCAAACAGUCGACAGUGUUGCCCGCAUAGCCCGAUGGGAUCCGGAAGUAAAGAUUGUGAUAUUGCAGGCCAAACUCAAAGGAAGACCACUGUCUACAUUCUUCUCCUUACAAGACUUGUACCCUCAUUCUUUCGACGAUGUGAAGGAUAAUUUAAUCAAGUGCUACGACAGGGCUGAAUUCCAGGAGAAAAGCGCAUUAGACCAACUGCUGGGCAUUCGACAAUUAAGGGAAGAGAAGGUAUGUGAUUAUGCUAUUAGACUUUAUACCAUGUUUAACAGGGCUGUAUCUAAAAAUAACCAAGUUUCGUUGCUCCGUGACAAUGUCGUGAUGAAGAGAUUCAUAAAAGGGCUACAUCCCCAGCUCCGUGAGCACGUACUCCACGGCGAACCUAAAACCUUAAAUGAAGCUAUCGAUAUCGCGGAACGUAAAGAAAAAGUCGGAAAUGAGAGUGGGAACCUCGGAAACAAUAGAACCAUUUCCGUUAUACAAAAUCCAAAGAAUGAGUGCGGCGAUAAGGUGGAAAACGCUAGUGCCGAGGCAGAGAAAAACGACAGAUUAGCUCGUUUGGAAGCCGCAGUGAGUUCACUGUGCGAAUCUGUCGCUCAACUGGCCGAGAAUAUCCAUGCGGGACAGAGAAUAAAGCAAUCGGGGAGUAGGCGAUGUUUCAUAUGUAACGAUCCGAAUCAUCUAGCGAGCAAAUGCCCUAAGCGAAAACCUUCAAAUUUAAACUAAAUAUGGAACAGAAUGAAUGCCAGCAAUCUGUUCCCAGCUGUAGAAUAAGUCUGGCUGGUGUGGAUAUAUCUGAGAAGGGACUCCCGAUUAUAAGAGGGACCAUGCAGCAGUCGGAUGUGGCACUGCUGUGUGAUACGGGCGUUGAGAAAUCGGUAAUGGACACCGAUUUACUGCAUAGAUUAGAGCUCCAGCACGAAAACGGCCCUAUCUUAGAAAAGAGGCGAGAAUUCGGGGAUCAACGGGCAUAUUUCUGUCUCUGAAUGGACCUUGAAGUAGAUGUUAGUAAAGGCUAUGAGGCGGUUGAUUUGUUAUCUUCAUGUAUAAGGCAUUUCUUGAUAAUUGUAAACUUUACUUUUAAUAAGAUAUUCAAAUAUAGCUGGAUAUUCCA